AUGAGGUACACGCCUCAGCAGGAGAGGGUGGUGAGAGCUCAGUCUUUCCAGGAUAAGACCCAACUUAAUAUGAUGAUCGGUCGUCGUACAUUAGAACUCAAUCCGGAUCAUCCGGUUAUCAAGGACCUCCUCGUGAAGGUUAACGAGGACAAGGCGGAUACAAACGCUGAAGAUACUGCUGUUGUACUUUUCCAAGCGGCAAUGCUCGACUCUGGAUACGAGAUUCUCGAUCCUCAUACGCUUGUGAAGAAGGUGUACUCUCUCAUGAGUCAGUCGCUCGGCGUUGAUCCCAACACCCCUGUGGCCGAAGUGGAAGUACCCGAGGAUGAAGAGGAGGUCGAGGAGCCGCCAGCUGAGGAGGAAAGUGACGACUCUACAACUAUAGGAGAAGAGGAAGAACUCGAACCUGACAACGAAAUGUCGAAGGAGUCGGAGGACGAAGAAUUGUAA